AUGGCGGAAGGCAAGGAUGCGCACGGGUGGGCAGCCAGGGAUGCCUCUGGUCACCUCUCCCCUUACCACUUCUCACGGAGGGUUCAGAGAGACGACGACGUCACCAUCAAGGUGCUCUUCUGCGGGCUUUGCCACACCGACCUCCACGUCAUCAAGAACGAGUUUGGCAACGCCAUGUACCCCGUCGUUCCCGGGCAUGAGGUCGUCGGCGUCGUCACGGACGUCGGCCGCGGCGUCACCAAGUUCAAGCCCGGCGACACGGUGGGCGUGGGCUACUUCGUCGACUCGUGCCGCGCCUGCGACAGCUGCGGCAAGGGUACGAGCUACUGCCCGCAGCUCAUGCCAACCUCCAACGGCGUGGGCUUGGAAGCACGGACGGAGCUACGUGGGGGUCAAACUGGGUCCUGGCCCCCCUGCUCCGGCUGCACUCUACAGGUUUACAUGUCGCUGCAUCUCCGUCGCUGCUUGGACGACGGCGGCGCCACCACCCAGGGUGGCUUCUCCGACGUCCUCGUCGUCCGCGUGCACUACGUGGUAUGGGUCCCGUCCAGCCUGCCGCCCGCUGGGGCCGCGCCGCUGCUGUGCGCGGGCGUCACCGUGUUCAGCCCCCUGGUGCAGUACGCGCUCAACGCGCCGGGGAAGCACCUGGGCGUCGUGGGGCUCGGAGUACGUGUUCAGGUUUGGCAAGGCGUUCGGGAUGAAGGUCACCGUGACGAGGCCGAAAUGGUUGUCGUUGGGUUUCCGAGCAAGCCUCUUGAAGUGCCCGCCUUCGGCCUCGUCACCGGCGGGAAGCGCGUGGCCGGGAGUGCCGGCGGCGGCGUCGGGGAGUGCCAGGCGAUGCUGGACUUCGCGGGUGAGCACGGGAUCACCGCGGAUGUAGAGGUCGUCGGGAUGGACUACGUCAAUACGGCGAUCCAGCGCCUAGAGAGGAACGAUGUCAGGUACGGCUUUGUUGUCGACGUUGCAGGCAGCAAGCUUGGCGUCGCUGCUUAG